UUUUUGUUCGAGCAAGGAUAGCUUUGGCAUCAGUCCAAUUCCUAAUAAUUUUGCGAUCUGGCGCUUGGAAGUUGUGGACAGAUCUAUGUGGAUAUCCUAACUUCCAUAUAACCUUUGUCUUCCACCUUUCAAGGCAGUUUACUGCUCUCACUCAUUUGGCAGUUUAAGACGCCAAACCUCCCCUCGAACCACACACCAUGGUUUCGUUACGACUUUCCUCAAAUAGAAUGCUUUCUUCGCCUUUACUUUCAAUAUUAUGUCUGUUCUACCUCUUCAGCUCUACCGCACUGGCUGCGUCUGCCGUAUUAGGGGUGGAUCUGGGCACCGAAUACAUCAAGGCCGCCCUUGUUAAGCCAGGAAUUCCUCUAGACAUUGUCCUCACGAAAGACUCCCGACGGAAAGAGACAUCUGCCGUGGCAUUUAAGCCUGCGAAGAACAUUAAGAGCGGGGAAUUCCCUGAACGAGUCUAUGGAUCCGACGCCGUAGCUUUAGCUGCUCGAUUUCCUGGCGAUGUAUACCCAAAUCUCAAGAGACUCUUGGGUCUUGCUACGGACAAUUCGGUGGUACAGGAAUAUGCUUUAAGGCAUCCUGCAUUGAAGUUGGAGGCGGAUAAGACGAGAGGAACAGCUGCUUUUCGAAGUGGCGCAUUCACAGCAGACGAGGAAGUAUGGACGGUGGAGGAAAUACUGGCUAUGGAGCUCCAGAGCGUACAGAAGAACGCUGAAGCUUUAGCAGGAAAAGGAAGCAGUGUCAGAGAUCUGGUCAUUACAGUUCCUCCAUUCUUUUCGGCAGAGGAGAAGAGGGCUGUGAUUCUGGCAGCAGAUUUAGCUGGUCUCAGAGUGUUGGAGCUGAUCAGUGACGGACUGGCGGUCGGUGUUAACUAUGCCACAUCCCGAACCUUUAAAAGUGUAAAUGAGGGUGGAAAGGCAGAGUACCAUAUGGUUUUUGAUAUGGGUGCGGGAUCAACAAAGGCAUCAAUCUUGAAGUUUCAAGGCCGAACAGUAAAGGACGUCGGAAAGUUCAACAAGACAAUUCAGGAGGUUCAGGUCGUGGGCAGUGGAUGGGAUAGAACUCUUGGUGGUGAUGCGCUCAAUGCUGUUCUUGUGGAUGAUAUGAUUGCACAAUUUGUUGCUUCACCAGCAGCUAAGAGCAUUGCGCCAACCGUCGAGGCAGUCCAAGGUCAUGGCCGCGCAGCAGCAAAAUUGUGGAAGGAAGCCGAGAGAUUAAGACAGAUUCUCAGCGCAAACCAGAACACCCAAUCAGGAUUUGAGGGUCUCUAUGAGGAUAUUGAUUUCCGAUACAAGAUCACUCGCGAAGCUUUCGAGAAGUUGACCGAGUCUCAUGCCGCGCGUGUCAGCGCAACCAUGCAAAAGGCCUUGGACAUGGCCGGGCUCGAGAUCCAAGAUAUCGACUCGGUCAUUCUCCACGGUGGAGCUAUCCGAACCCCAUUCGUCCAGAAGGAGCUCGAGAAAUUUAUCGGGAACCCAGACAAGAUCCGCACUAAUGUCAACUCAGACGAGGCAGCCGUUUUUGGUGCUGGAUUUAGAGGUGCUGGAUUGAGCCCAUCUUUCAGAGUCAAGGAGAUCCGUGCCGCUGAAGGAGCUGCCUAUGCCGCCGGUGUAAAAUGGACCAACAUCUACGAAAAGCCGCAACACCAAAGACUUUGGCAGCCAACAUCCUUCCAAGGAGCCGUCAAGCAAUACUCAUUCAAGAACCAGCACGACCCUUUUACUCUCGAGUUUUACCAGCAUGUCGGAUCCGCCGAGAAUGUUUCACCUGGCAGUGCGGAGAAGGUCCUUUUGACUCUUACAACCCAAAACUUGACCGAGUCGGUAACGCAACUCAAGGAAAAGUUCAGCUGCACUGAUGGUGAUAUCAAUGUCAAGUUGAGCACUCGCCUGUCUCCCAGUAACGGUGAGCUUGAAGUCCUCAAGCUUAUUGUCGAUUGUGAGGUUCAGAAUGGUGCUGAAGAAAAGGAGAGCAUGGUUGAUAGCGUCAAGGGCCUCUUCGGCUUUGGCAAGAAAGACCAGGCUCCACUGUCUGCGGAAGAGGAAGCUGCCGAAUCCAGCUCCAGUGUGUCCGAGUCCGCCGAUGCUUCAAGCAGUACAUCCACAAGUGCUUCGUCAUCUUCCGCAUCGGCAUCUUCAUCUGCGAAGGAUGCCAAACCAACCAUCACCAAGCGAAUGGAAGUUAUCCCGUUGAAAUAUACGAAAGUCCGAGGAGGUCUUCCACAAUUGCCCACGUCUGAGAUUACUCGAAUGAAAGAGCGCCUAGCCUCAUUUGCCGAUUCGGAUCGGUCCCGUGGACUUCGAGAGGAAUCUCUUAACCAGCUUGAAGGCUUCACCUACAAGGCUCGUGAUCUCCUUGAGGACGAAGAAUUCAUUGCGGCUUCUACUAGCGAGGAGAGAGCGAGCCUGGAGGCGAAGUCCAAAGCCGCAAGUGACUGGAUCUAUUCUGGCGGUGCAGAGGCAAGCCGCGAUGAGCUCAAGGCUAAGCUCAAGGAGAUGAAAGACAUUGUCACUCCAAUUGAGAUCCGCAAGUCAGAAGCUGUUGCACGACCAGCAGCUCUAAAAGCACUCCAAGAUGCCCUCAAUCAAACGCAGACGGUCAUCAAGGGUAUUUCUGAGCAAAUCGCUAAUGAUACUAAGAACCACGAAGCUUUCAGCUCAUCCAAGUUAGCCGCAGCGUCGGCGAAGGUUACUCCAUCCCCAGUUGCGGACGACUUCGCCGACCUCGAGGAUGAUGAGUCCACGUCAACGACCUCUGCUCCUAUUGAAGAAGAGACCUUGGACCCUCCUACAUACCGGGAAGCGGAUUUGAUUGUUCCACAGGAUCUUUACGAUACCAUCUCUGCAUGGUUGGCAGAGAAGCUGCCACAGCAGGAGAAGCUUGGCCCCACCGAUGACCCUAUUCUUCUCUCCAAAGACUUGACUGCGAAGGCAAAGCAACUCACUGAUAACCACGUGGAGCUUAUCCUGAAGAGCAUGAAGCAACCCUACAAGUCAAGCCGACCGACUCCAAAGAAGGCGAAGAAGCCAAAAGCGAAGAAGACCAAGAAGAGCGGAACAAAGACUGGGUCAGCUGAGAAGGCCGAAAAGACGCUUGACUUCAAUGAGAAGGGCCAGCCCUCGUUCAAGAUCGGCGAAGAUGGCGAGUUACCAAGCGAGGAGGAGAUUAUGGACUUCAUCAAAAAGAGUCAAGCCGAGAACGCUGCUAGAGAAGCAGCCGAUGGCACCACAAAAGAGGACACCGACGAGAAAAAGGUGCAUGAUGAGUUGUGAUAUAGACUUUUGGAGUAUUUAGCAUUUGCAGCGAACGUUGUACAAUACAACUCGUUUCCCACUACUUUGAUU